CCAUAAACAGAAGCGGAGCGGCGGGAAACGCGGAGCAGAAGGUGCCAGAGAACCCAGCGCCCGGCAUGUGGUAUAUCCAGUAUGUAACUGCCCAGCAGUUGGCCGGCUUCCGCCAAUACAAGUACAGAGCUGUGGAUUCAAACCCUUUAUCUGUAUAUAUUAUGCAGCCAUUAUGGAACAGAAUUGUAAAGAUAGUGCCCUUGUGGAUUGCUCCCAAUCUUUUAACCCUCACAGGAUUUCUGAUGAUUUUGAUUCAUUAUUUUAUAUUAUCUAUUUAUGACUGGGACUACACGGCAUCAGGAUCCAGUCCUGGGUUGAUUCCGACAUGGGUCUGGGGUUUUGGUGCUUUUGCCAGCUUUUUGGCUUACACUUUAGAUUCUGUAGAUGGAAAGCAUGCUCGAAGAACUCAGUCCAGUAGCCCUCUGGGAGAGCUGUUUGACCAUGGACUAGAUAGCUGGGCUACCUCAAUUUUCCCCCUUUCCUUUUUUUCUGUCUGUUCCCGUGAUAAUGGAAAAGUUGGCGUUCCCGUGUCCACCAUGUAUUUCUCAUGGAUUGUUAUAUCACUAAACUUUAUGUUUUCGCACUGGGAAAAAUAUAACACAGGAGUUCUUUUUCUUCCUUGGGGAUAUGAUAUAAGCCAAGUGGUUACAGUGGGCAUGUAUUUGCUGACUGCUGUUUUUGGAGUAGACGUUUGGCACAGGCCUUUCAUAUUUGGUUAUUAUCUCACAGAUAUAUUAAUAAUGCUUAUUAUAGUCUGCUGUGUAUUUAUUUCCCUUCCACAGACCUUCUACAACAUUCAUCUAGCAUAUGGAAAGAGAACACUGCUGAAGGAUUCUUUAUAUGAAGGACUGCUACCGCUGUUGUCUCCUAUGCUGCUCUUUACACUCCUCACCAUCUGGGUUUUUUUAUCACCAAGUGAAAUACUGGUGAAACAAACCAGACUGUUCCUAUGGAUGGUUGGAGUUAUGUUCUCAAAUGUUAUUUGCAGGAUGAUAAUUUGCCAGAUGACUCACACGAGAUCCGAAGUGCUUCAUUGGCUUUUGAUCCCAUUAGCUGUCAUGGUCUACACAGCAACUGCUGGGUUUCAAGGCAAAUGGGAAGAACCAGUACUUGCAGCAUUUACCAUCUUCGUCACAGCUGUUCAUGUCCAUUAUGGAGUUUGUGUGGGGAAACAGCUGAGCCAACAUUUCAAUAUCUACAUCUUUUCCUUGAAGAAGUACACUAAAUAAAUUUGGAAUCUAUUGCUUCAGUGCUACAAAAUGUUCUAUAUGACAAAAACACACCGACAUGGAGUAGAAGCUUCUGACUUAACAUGAAACGACUGGUACUUGAGGGGAAGAGGUGCUGAAGAGUGAAGCUCUGACUCCCCCUUUGAUCUUCUGAUUUACUCAAAUAUUUACUAAUUUCUUAUAAUACCUAUUUCCAUUGGAAUCAAUCUUCCUGAGAUAUCUCAGCCUUUUCUCACUCUUCUUUCUUUCAGAGUGACCUUGCUGAUCUAAUCCUUUAUACAUUAUAGACAUACUUAUGACUACUCUUGCUUAGUAAUGAACUCUUCUACUAAAGGACCAAAUUACAACAAGUAAUGCCACCGGGAAUGAAUAUAAUGGGGUCGUAGUACAGGUUUCCAUAGUUCAUAAUGCUUUACUAUGAGGUGAGCCUUUUUACUCUGAAACUAUUAACUCUGUUUGCAAUUUAAAAUAAGAUACAUUUUGAGCUUCCAAGCCAUGUACACCUGUGUAAUUGGCUUUCAUUGGAUUAGAUGGCACAUGCUCAGAUGUUGAUGGCUUUAAUCCCUUACUUGGUCUCCAUUAAACUGAUGAUUACUGAAGCUGAUUUGAAUGUUUUGUACAUUAGAAAGUAAUUUACAGAAUACUGCAGUCCAGCAAUCAAAUCAUCAAGCUGUGAAAAGUCACAUACAUCAACAACGCAGGACAUAACCGCACGUAAAUCCAAUCCUUACGAAAAAUAAUUGCAUGAGGUUUGAAGGGAACCCUGGCCAUUGUAAGGAGGAAGCUUUGUAACUCAACAACAUGUUUAAAAAGUAUAACAAACCAAUCUAGCAUGCAGUCCCAGACAAGCCAAUCUUAAAUCAAGCAUCCUGGUUCCAUCCUUGGCAACUCGACUUUCCCCACACCAACUUUACAAUUUCCAGCCAGCUGUGCAAUUUAUAAUAGAAAAUAAACCUGUGAACAUUCACAGAUGUUGCUCAUCAAUGAAGUACAAACAGCCAUGGUGAGUUGUCCACCACUUAUAUAGUAGCUUUAAGAAAAUAGGAAAAUUUUGUUUCAAGUCAUGAUAGAAAUCUAGGCCAGACAACAUUUGUGCUAUUAAAGAAAUUCAGUUAGCACAGAUAUGUGUUCAUGCAUGCCUUACUGCUAUUGUAUGUUCCUACUUGCAGAGCAAAUGCAAUACGACACACUAAUUCAAAUGGGCUAUGUGGAAAGCCCCAGUUUUAGAAUGUAAUUCUUCUUGCACAUAUGUUGAGGAAAAGAACUCAAGUAUUACGGGUCAGUUCUAAUGGAACAGUUCACUGACAUGGAUAUAUUUUGAAGAGAGAUUUAAUUGAAUUUAUAAUUUUAACUUUUUAAUUGUUGAAAUGUUUAACUGGUUUUAUGUUUGCCACCUUGUGGACCCUGAUUGGGUGGGAAGGCAGCAAAAAUGUUGUAAAUAAAUAAAUAUAAUAAAUAUUUUUUCAUUGCCGUAGAGUUAAAUAACACAAAGACUAAAUCACAUAAUCUUUGGGCAUUAGCUAUCAUAUUAUGUCUAACCUAGUGGAGUGUUCAGCCACUUGUACAAAUACACAUACAUUUUCACACUACAAAGUGUUUUACACUGUGAACUCAGAAAUGUCUCUAAGAUUAUUUGGUUUGGGGAAGCAAAUGUGGGAAGGGGUGGUCCUCCUUGUCAGGUUAUCUUAUGGUGUGAUACUGUAAACCAACAAUCCUAUUCUAAAUAUAUUUACAUGGAUCUAGCCAAUUAUUUAAACUAAACUUCCUUGCAAACGUAUGUUUAUACUUCCAGCCUGAGUCUCAUUCAGGCAGUCCCUGAAGUGUCACUUUUCUGUUACUUUACAUUUAAUCUGCACGGACCUGGACGGCCCAGGCCAGCCCAAUCUCGUCAGACCCCAGAAGCUAAGCAAGGUCAG